AGCGCAUUCGCCCGGCGCUGAGGCCGAAGAGCGCCCGGUCGGGGUACGCGACGGGGGGCAGGACGGGAGUAGUAGUGGUCAAGGCGGGGACUAGGAGAGCCACUACCUAGUACUCAACCUAAUAUGGUUCCUUAUUAAAUCCGCAAGUUGCAGUAUGUUAAUUAAUAAAUCUAAAUAAAGCGUGUUGAACACAGAAAGUGGAACCUCGCGUGACAUAUCCAGACGGAUACAGUUCAGUGUAACACCAGCCGGCAGAACCUGCACAGGACGAGACGGAAGUCACCGUGUUGUGUUGUGUUUUUGUAAGAUAGCUUUUGGAAUUUUGGAAUUUGACCAUCUUUUUACAGCAAAACUUCCACAGGAAGGGCUCCUUGUUAGAUUUUUUUAACAUCUGCUUUCUACAUGGAAUAGGUUUGAGUUUUCUACGCCCCAGAGGUGAAAUGACAGAGGUGAGACAGAGAAAGGAGCAGACAUGUCAAGAAUCCACAGACAAGGAGGAUCUGAAGUCUCCCUCAGCUUUACAGAAAGAGUGUACAGAAGAUGAAGUGACAGAGGAAUACGCAUGUCAAGAUGCAGACAUUGAUUACCCAAAGAAAGAGGAAAAUACAGAUCAUCAAAAGAGACCAUCAUCCAGAAGGUCCCAGAGCGGCAGAUCUGUCCUUUUUCAGCAGUUGGCAAAGCUGUUCUUUGGUUGCCUGGCAGCUGUGAUGAGUGGUAUGAUGUAUGCAAUAUACCUCUCCACCUACCAUGAAAGGAAAUUUUGGUUUUCCAGCAGACAAGAGCUGGAGCGCGAAAUCACAUUUCAGAGUGGCAGUGGAGUGUAUUACUAUUACUACAAACACCUGCUGACUGUGCCCUCAUUUGAAAGAGGAGUUUAUGAGCUGACGCAUGAUAACCGGACAAUAUCAAUGCAGACCAUAAAUGCAGUGGAGCACCUGUCACUGUAUCCAGAGCUCAUCACUAGCCUUUUAUAUAGAAUUACUGGAAGCCAGGAGGUGAUAGAGCCUGUGUAUUUCUACAUUGGUGUGGUGUUUGGCCUGCAGGCCAUCUAUGUGACUGCCCUGUUUGUCUCCAGCUGGGUGAUGAGUGGAACAUGGGUGGCAGGAAUGUUGGCUGUUGCAUGGUACAUAAUUAACAGGCCUGACACAACCAAGGUAGACCAUGCCAUUCCCCUAAGAGAGAAUUGGGCUUUGCCUUACUUCUCCUGCCAGGUCACUGCCUUAACCGGCUUCUUGAGGAACAACAUCAGCUCAGCUACAGAGAUGUUCUGCUACCUGCUCAUUAGUGCUUCCACCUUCACCUUUAUCAUGAUCUGGGAGUACAGCCACUAUGUGCUCUUCAUCCAGGGCCUUGCGCUGUUUUUACUAGACAGCUUUGAUUUGGUGCCACCACGCAAGGUGGCUGAUGUGCACAAGAUCUACCUAUGCUCAGUGGCUCUGGGAUAUAUCAUGCAGUUCCAGAAUCCCAGUUUGCUGAGUUCUCCACUGCUUUGUCUCAUGAUGGGAUCUGUGCUUGCGAGGUACUUGCAGCAAAACAUGAAGAAGGGCCCCCUUGUAACCAGACUGAUAAAAAUCCUGCUUCAUUUCUAUUUGGUCUUCACAAUUAGCAUCAUGUUCCAUUAUGUUGUAAAGAGAAUUAUUCCUGUCAAUGAAAGUGACCAUAUAUUCAGAUUUCUUGAAGUGAAAUUUGGAUUAAACACCACAACAGACUUCAUUACCAACAUGCUGCUGUGUCAGGAGGCUUUCCAGAAACCCACUCAGGACUUCUUCCUCAGACUCACCCAGGCCUCGGUGCUUCCCUUUUACAUACUUGUGCUGCUGGUCUGUCUUCUGUCUGCUGUGCAGGUGAUCUACAAGAGAUUAAGUGGGGAGCCAAUGAAAACCAACCUAAAACUGGAAGAUGGGAGAGUAGGAGAGCAACCAGAGGUCAUCUACCAUGUGUUCCAUACCCUUCUCUUUGGUGCACUGGCUAUGGUGUUUGAGGGGAUGAAGUACCUGUGGACCCCCUACAUAUGCAUGUUCACGGCAUUCGGAGUGUGUUCACCUGAGCUCUGGGUGACCGUAUUCCGGUGGUUGAAGCUGAAGUCAGUUCAUCCAGUUGUACUGGCUCUUAUAUUGAGUACUGCAGUCCCAACAAUAAUUGGAUUCAGUUUGUGGAGGGAGUAUUUUCCCAGGGUGAUAACGGAGCUCUCGGAGCUGCAGGAGGUCUAUGAUCCAGACACGGUGGAGCUGAUGAACUGGAUAAGGAGACAGGCUCCAGCUGCGACAGUGUUUGCAGGAAGCCCUCAAUUAAUGGGAGUGGUGAAGCUGUGCUCAGGAUGGACAGUGACCAGUUUACCCCUCUACACUGACGUCAAUCUGAUGAAACGCAAUGAAAAUGUUUACCAGGUCUAUUCAAUGCGCCCAGCUGAGGACAUUUAUAAGAUCCUCACAGCCUACAAAGCUAGCUAUGUAAUUAUAGAGGAGGCUCUCUGCAGUGAGAUGAGUCAAGCAAAAGGCUGUCGAAUAAAGGACCUGCUGGAUGUUGCAAAUGGUCAUGUGAUUUAUGAGAAAGGAGAAAUGUAUGCCUUUUCAAAGUACGGAAGAUUCUGCCACGAGAUCAAAAUGAACUACUCCCCUUACACCAACUACUUCACCAGAGUCUUCUGGAACCUCUCGUACCAUGUGUACAGAGUCAACACUGUCAUUUCUUUCCAGUACUGAAGGGAACAGGAGCCAGAAUAGACUGCCUCUGUUUGUUUACUUAUAUCUUUUUGUAUCAUUUUAGAAAUGCAUUUAUCAAGUCAUUGUUCAUUUGAAAACAUGUAACACACAACAUAUUCUGUAUGAUGAACAGAAAGCAUAAGCAAAGACAGAGGGAAUAAGGGUUCUCUCUUGCCUUUUAGCAAAUAUCCAAGUCUUUAGUUACAGUCCCAGCAUUUUUAUCCAGGUGAUGGAAACUAAAUGCUAGCCUAUGUGUCCUUAAAGAGGACAGAAGAGGACAGAAGAGGAGAGGCCUAGUUCACUUGGUGUGUGAGACUGAGUGAUGUAAGAUGGGAUGCAGCAUUCGGAGCUCAACUGUUAGCAGCAAAAGGAUGUAUUUGAGAUCCAAGGAGAGCUGAUCUCAGAAAUUUAGCAGUAGUGAAGCUUUGACACCCGGAGAAGGCUCCACGGCCGAGACCAUUUUUCUUUCUUCUUUUUUUCAGCAUGGAAUUAACCUAGUACUUGUUCCUUUGCAGUCUACGCAUGCUGACGCAGCUACCCACCUGAAGUAGUGAAGCUUUGCUCCACGGUCUAAGUACAUCAGAUCAAGUAGGAUAGUCCUUAAGAUUGCUCAGAAAGAUAAAACGAUGCUGAGAUAAAAGGGCCACUUCAAUUUACAGCUUGACAUUCUGGUUCAGAGAGAUGGCUCAGUCUGUCACACCCUUGCAAGGGACUGAGCUGUUAUUCCCAACACAAAAUAUGAAUGUACUGGAGAAAGGUUUAAUUUAUUUUUGUUCUCUAAAACAUUUGUGUUUUUAAACUUCUUUACCAACCUUAGUAGUUGUUGUCAUUUUUUCUUAUUAGUUUCAUGAAGGGCUUGUUUACUACUAUAUGUAAAAUGUUUAAAAAUAUUCUCUUUUAAGUUCUGUAUUUAACAUAAAGAUUGCAACGCUAGUAAUAGCCCUAUUGUACAGAGGGUCGGUGUACUUGUUGAACCUAGUAAAAAGUUAAUAGAUGCCUGGAUACAAGUUACUCUACAUUGUGGCCAGUGAUAUCACUCAUAUCAGCCAUAUCACUCUGCAACUCACAAAUGGCAACCCACUGAAGCUAAGCAGGUGUGAGCGUGGUCAGUACCUG